CAACUGGCAGUGUUUCAUUUCCCCACUCCCAAUCCCGCACCAGCCCUUUUCGAAUCUUUAGCCUCCCCUUUCUGAGUCAUACGGAUUUCUUACAAUUCCAUGGUUUUCUACUUUUGACUGAGUUGACCGCUUGGACAGGGGCAAUAUUCUGUUAUGUUUAUUUACUCUAUUUCACAGAGGGACACUACAAACUUUAUUUAAAAGCUCUCUUUACAAAGAGCACUGUUCUUCAUGUUGCAGUGCAAUGCAAUCGUCCCCAGGUUGCAAAAAAGAUGGUUGAAUUACGUCCAAGCCUUCUGUAUCAAACAAACUCCAAAGGCAAUACUCCGCUACAUGUUGCUGCAAGGGUAGGAAGUCAUUCAAUGGUAAAGCUCCUUAUAGAAUAUACCAAAAGUUUGGAUGUUGAAAUUGGUGGCCGGAAGAUUCUGAGCAUGGUGAAUCUGGUGAAGGAUACCGCCCUGCACGUCGCAGUGCAAUAUGGUAAAUCUGAGGUUGUGGAAGAACUAAUUAAGGAGGACCCAGAACUGGGUACGUUUAUAAAUAACGCUGGGGAAUCCGCACUGUUCCUUGCUGUGGAUAGAAAAUUCUACAAGAUUGCUUCUUGUAUCCUAAGUGCUGCUCCAGAAUGCUCCUUUGCUGGAAGGGACGGCAUGAAUGUCUUGCAUGCAAUGGCCAUUCGCUCAAGUCAUGUUGAAAUUACUAUAGGAGAUACGUUCGUUUCAAAAGGAGGAGGAGUUCGCUUCCUGCGUACUCUUUUGUGCGCUCUUAACGUAUAUCUUUUUUUUUUUUUUUGAUAACCUCUUAACGUAUAUCUACCCCCUGCUUGGGUGGUCUUUGAGCAUGA